UGUCCACGCGGUUCCGGGUGCAGCUCGUGGUUUCCCGAGCUCUUCGCAGAGAAACUGAGGUGAGGACGAGCAGACUCAGGCGUGGAUAAGGUCGCGCCGCUGUGGCUGCGGUGCCGCCGGGAUUUGAACCCGGGCUGAUCCCAACUCAGACCUUCGAGGCCUUGUGGAGCCGAGAUGACCCACUCUUUGGUUUGUCCAGAGACGCUGAGCAGGGUGAGUUCGGUGCUGAAUCGCAACACGCGGCAGUUUGGAAAGAAGCACCUGUUCGACCAGGACGAGGAGACAUGCUGGAACUCGGACCAGGGCCCCUCCCAGUGGGUGAUACUGGAGUUUCCCCAGCGAGUCCGUGUCUCCCAGCUGCAGAUCCAGUUCCAGGGGGGCUUCUCCAGUCGCCGGGGCUGCCUGGAAGGUUCCCAAGGGAGUGAGGCUCUCAGCAAGAUUGUGGACUUCUACCCGGAGGACAACAACUCACUUCAGACCUUCCCUGUGCCGGCUGCUGAGGUGGACCGGCUGAAGGUGACGUUUGAGAAUGCUACUGACUUUUUUGGCCGUGUGGUCAUCUACCACCUGCGGGUACUGGGGGAGAAGGUAUGAGCCCACUGGGCCACCACCUCCUCCAGGAAGCCCUUGGGGAAGCACAGCAAAGCCCUUCAAGUUCUGCACAGGUUUAUUGGCUCCUCUUGGGGAGGGCCCCCUCCCACCGUCUGUCCAGGAGCUGCCUUUGAAGCCAGUUCUGGGUUCCCCCAGCUCUGGGUCGACCGUUUUGUUCCCUGAGUGUCUGAGUCCCCUGCAGACAGCCCUCACUCGGGAUCGGUGGGCACCAGGUUGCUCUGGAAGAGUUUAAGGAUGUGGUUCUCGAUCGCCUGCUGCACUGGAAACAGGACAAGAAGGUGGGCCAGGGACUGACUGGGGGCUGUGGAGGCAUAGGCUGACCUGGACCCUCCCCUGGGGGGUGAACUGGGGCCUCCCAGCCUCGGGACCUGGAUGGAGGACUCACUUCACACACGAGGAAAUCCAUGCCCCUCCCAGAGCACAGCUGGGAAGACGGAGGCCCCCACCCCAGGAACCUCAACUUCCCCUAAGUUUAUAAAAAACGCGUUUUUGGAGGUUUUUCAGAGGCAUAAAAAUAUUCCUUACCAAACA